AAGAGAAAUAAAUCGACUUGCUGCUCACACUCGGCAGUCAGAUGUACAGGAGAUUGGAACGAAGGCCCAAUCCUAGAAGGCGCUUGAAUUUGUAGAGAGAGGGAGCCAGGCCAGCAGCAUUGAGAGGUUGAGACGCGAGCAAACAUUGCUCAGCAGCUAGCACAACGACUAACCAGCUGCCACCAGCUGCUUCUGUUGCACCACCUUCAGGUAUAUUACUUCGUAGUUUCUCCUUUGAGAAGUUUUGUCAAGCAUUCGCAAUACCUAGGAUAUAGUGGCACAAUGCCGACCUUGAAGCUGCAGACAAACGUCCCUGGCGACACGGUCACCACCUCUGACUUCCUGAAGGAGGCCAGCAAGGCAGUCGCGAAGAUCAUCGGCAAGCCGGAAGCGUACGUUCUGGUCACCAUACAGACUGGGGUCCCCACCACCUUUGCGGGGACUGAGGAGCCCGCCGCAUAUGGCGAGAUCAUUUCCAUCGGGGGCCUCAACCCCGACGUCAAUCGAAAGCUGAGCGGAGCCAUCGCUGAGUUGCUCCAAAAGCUGUUCAACAUCCCGGCCAAUAGAUACUACAUCAAGUUUUCUGACGUGGCAAGACCUGACUUCGGAUGGAACGGGGGAACAUUUUAGAAAGGUCAGCGAUUCGUUUGGCCAAACUUUUGAAGCACGCAUACAUAUAUAAAGUUCGUCGACUUUCUGGGUAACACGUGAUUGUGAACACACCCAGGAGCAUCUGUCCGGACGCAUCUGUCAGCUUUCAACGAAGCCUGCUCAGAGACUCUCAGUGUUGCGGUCAUAUCAAAAUUUCCGGACAGCUCGAUCUGGUUGCUGCAAGAUAAUUGACUGACGUUUGGGCCUAGCAAGAUUUUUUUGUAUCAGGAUGAGCGGGCAAUUCAAACGGCUCCAUGCGGCCAUUCUGAUUGUGCAUGUCGGAAUAUUUAGGGACUAAGGUGCAUCAAAACAGCCUGUGAACCUUAUUAAUGUAGCGUGCAGUCUUGCAAACUGAUAAGGUCACAUGCAGCGGAGUCUAUAUCAGCCUUCAAUGCAAUCAAGCGUCAUCAUGACGCCUCCGAUCGAGUGACCAGCCUGGAUUGGCAGC